AGUGCAGCGCAGUUUUCAGCAAGCUGGCGUUUUGUGCUGGGCGUCAAUAGUGUGCAAAAUGGAACUAUACAAUCAGUGGUUGAUCCUGGGGAGCUUGCUGGUUCUAGGAGUGUUGCUUCCGAGUCCUGCGAGAAGCAUCAGGAUCACCAGACUGAGUGUGCCAACUUUCGUAAAGAACGGGACGGAGUCGGUCGUGUUGGACUGCGAGUACGAGCUUGACAGCGACCCCACCGAUCGCCAGGGCCUCGUGGUCAAGUGGUUCCUGGACGACGACCCGGUUCCCCUGUACCAGUGGAUUCCGGAGAUCUCGGUGGGGCGUCACGUUGGGCCCAAACUUCGCAACAGACUUGACCUGUUCUUCAGCGUGCCUAAUGGGAAUGACCUAAACAAGUUCAGAGCACUUAAGAUCAUGCGACCUACGACGGAGUUGAGCGGAAUAUACACGUGCCAGGUGUCUUCUUUGGUAGGCCAGGAAUCCCGCUCUGGAAACAUGACCGUGUAUGCUCCUCCUCAGAACGUAACGUUCAGCAUCAUAAGUCCCGAAGUAAACGAGACAGUCGGUGGCGUCGAGUGCACGGCACAGCAUGCUGUCCCGGCUCCGGAGGUGACCUUCCGGAUUCUCUGGAGCAUCGGACUCGACAACCACACCACCCAGCUAUCCCCUGUAGAGACGUACGUCAGCCCGUCUUCGGACGAAGCCUUCUACGACGUCCGAGCAACUGCCCGUUUCGACAUCCCGCGUCUACCUCCUCGCCAAGGAUCGACGGAGUUCCAGUGCAUCAUCAGCGUUCCGGGGGCUUACAACCGGACGAGGACAAUUAGCCGGAGGAUCACGCGAAAGCAAGCCGACCCUGGUGAGGAUUCGACUCCUGCCGUGUCGGAGGUUCGGGGAGUGUAGAGAACUCUC